UGGAUACACCAACCUCCCGGCAGCAAGAAGGAAGACCGAGACCCAAGCAGUAUGUACCCGUCGCAGGGCCCGAUCCCCGGCGGUCCACUGCCGGAGGGCAGCUCCGUUGGUGAUCAGUUCAAGAAGAACGCCUCUUCGGCUGCUCCCCCCAACUACUUGCACAUCCACCAUGCCGAUGCUCCCCCCGGUGGGAUAGGCGAGCAGGCGCCCGGCAACCCCGACAGCAGUCAGUCGACCCCGGUGCUCCUCACGGCCCCCAUCAUUGCCAGCGCGCCCGGCGGCCAAUACAUGCACCUGGCGCAGCAGCAGCAGCAACAACAACAACAACAGCAGGGGGGCUUCUCGGCGCCGCUGCGCGAUGCCACAACGCCCAUCUCGCCGAACUUCAACGGCGCCAACACGGCCGGGGGCUUCUUCCAUCCCCAAGGGCCGGUCGGAGGCCUGACCUCCCCGCGCGGAGGCCCCGGCGGCCUGGCCCUCGUGUCGCCGGCCACCGCCAACACCAAUGCCCUGCACCAUCCGGGCGGCGGCGGCGGCGGCGGCGGCGGCAGCGGCAACCCCGCCUCGCCCAUCAUCAGCAUGGCUCCUCCCGGUGGGCACCCUCCCCAGGCCGCCACGGCUGCCAUGCACCUGGGCGGACCGGGCAGCCUUUCCGCUGGUGACCACCAUCAUGCACAGCAGCAACAGCAACAGCAACAGCAGCAGCAGCAGCAGCAGCAGCAGCAGCAACAUGCGGCUGCCGCCGCGGCCGAGGCCUUCCAGCAGGCGGCCGCUUUCGCCGCGGCCGGCGGUGGGCACCACCAUCAUGGCGCGCACAGCAACACAACGCCGGCCAGCCCGUUUGCCCAGCUGACGGGCCCGAUGGGCGUCGGCCCCGGCGGUCCGGGUGGCGGCGCCAACGGAGACCAGCAGAUGCUGCUGACCUCCUUCCAGGCGGGCACGGCCUCGGCCACCGCGUGCAAGGAAUUCCUGGCCCUCUACAAGUCCAAGCAGCUGGACUUGGUCCGGCGCCAGCGCGAGGCCGCGGCGCCGGCCUCGCUGGCCAUCGAUGUGGUGGCCGACGAAACGUCCCUGCGCCCGGUGCCCGGGAUCGAGGAGCGCCGCGCCCUGGCCAUCGAAUGGCACACGGUCCAGCGCCGGGCCGUCAAGUGGGCCCACCGGUUCUGCCCGGUGCCGGAGUGCGUGGAGCCGGUGGCCGCCCUGCAUGAGCUGCCCAACCACAUUGUCAAUGCCCACGUCCGGUCGGACUUCCGCCGGUGCCUCUUCUGCUCGUACCAGCAGCGCGCGCCGGUGUCGCAGCAGCAGCAGGCCCAGCAGGCCGCGGCCCAGGCGUCGGACCGGCGCAACCGCGGCAGCCCCACCGGCGGUGGGAAGUCCUCCUCGUCGCGCCGCGGGGUGGCCGGGCUCGGCCCGCGCGCUGGCAUCCCCCCGCCCCAGCGCCGCCGCGGGGUGGCAGCCGGCUCCGACGACGAGGAUGACGACCUCGGCUCGGAUGUCUCCGACUCGGAGGUCGACAGCCGCGAGUCCACCGCCUCGCCGCGCAUGGACGCCGAGGCCGGCGCCUCCCGCAUCAAGGUCGAGCAGCAGCCCGGCGGCGACAGCCAAAUGUCCACCGGCGGCGGCGGCGGCGGCGGCAGCAGCACCAAGCCCGGCGAUGGCGCCACCAAGCACCACCUGGUGGAUCCGAAGAAGGCGGCCGAGGAUGCGGCCGCCGCCGCCGAGGAGGCCGCCAUCAAGGACGGCUCCCUGGCCCCGGGCAAUGGCAAGCGCUUCAAGCUCCUGUCCCACUUGCAGCGCCACCUGGCCCCCUCCUUCCGGUGCCGGUGCGGCGCGGCCUUCUCCCAGCGCCAGGCCCUGAUGCGGCACUAUCGCGAACUCCGCUGCCCCAUCCGCCAGCAGCAGCGCCGGCAGAUCCAGCUGGAGCAGGCCCAGGCGGCCCACGCGGCGGCCAAUGCCGCGGCCACCGUGGCCCUGGCCGGGGCCGCCGGUCCCUACCCGCCGCAGCUUCAGCAGCUUCUGGCCGCCGGCGGGGGGGCGCCCGCUGGUCCCGGGGCCGGUGGCCCGGGCGGCGCCCCGGGCCUGGCGAAUGCCGGGCCGACGCCCAUCGGCACGCCGCUCCUCGGGGCGGCCGGGCUGCUGAGCCCGGUGCCCGGCGGCCCGGCCCCCUCGCCGGGGCUCAUGGCCGCCGUGGCCGCCGCCGCCGCCAGCGGCCACCCGGUCCUCGGGCUGAUGCCCCUCUCGUCGCAGGGGAACUUCAAGGAGAGCAUGAUGCAGAUGCAGAGCGCGGCCGCGGCCGCCGCCGCCGCCGCCGCCGCCGCCGCCGCCACCAACGGCCCCGGCGUGCCCCCCUCGCCCCUGCUGGCCAUGCAGUCGCAGCAGCACCCCAUGCCGCAGUUCGGCUCGUCGGCUUCGGCCUCCUCCGGGGGGCCCGGCCAGCCGCAGCCAGGCGAGCACUUCUUCCAUGGCGGCCACUUCCAGCGGGCUGGCGACCCGGGCACCGGCGAGAUGGCCAUGCCGCCGCGGUCCUCCUCGCUGGACAGCCUGGCCGCCGGCAAUCCGGCGCACCACCACCAUCACCACUCGCAGCAGCAGCAGCAGCAGCAGCAGCAGCAGCCGCAGUAUGGACAGCCAGGCGCACACCAUCGGCCCAUGAUGGCCGAGCGGUCGCGCACCGGGGACAUGGGCGAUGUCGGCCCCAACCGGCCCCGGCCCGCUGGCGACGCCCGGCCGCACAGCUCGCUGGCCGCCCUGCCGGGCCAGCAGCCACCCAUCGACGACCGGCACAUGCAAUUCUCCCAGCGGUCGUCGGCCUCCGGCAAUGGGCCGGGCGACCCGUCGCGCUCGUCCUUCACGUCGCUCUGCUCCCCGGGCGAGGCGUCGUCCCCCUUCCACCGGGCCACCGGCGUCACCAAGGACGACCCCUCGGCCACCGGGGCCGGGUUCCGCCACGCGGCCGCCACCGACAGCCCCUUCGAGCCGCAGCACAUGCACUUCCAAUCGGGCCCCUCGUCGUCGCACCAUGGCCCCCAUCACCCGCACGGCGGCCACCACGCCUCCCACGGCGCCGGGUACCACCACCCGCAUGGGGCUCACCACCCGCAUGGGGGCCCCCACCACCACCAGCACCACCACCACCACCAGCAGCAGCAGCAGCAGCAACAGCAACAGCAGAUGCACACCGGGCACUACUAUGGCGCGCAGCAGCCGCCCUCGCCCGGGGCCGCCGGGCCCGGGACCGACCUCACGUACACGGACCCCGGCACGUACGGCGGCUCCGGCUCGGCGGCCGAUCGCCACCUGUCGCCCCAGCUGCUGGACGCGGCGGCCGGCCAGCCGGCCAGCCCCCCGGGCUCCGGGUCCAUGAUGAUGCAGAACCUCAUGGCCACGGCCCCGUCGGCCCUGGAGACCGGCGGCGCCGGCGGCGGGGACUUCGACGAUCCGCUGGACGGGGACUUCCGCGGGCUGCACGGCGCCAGCCGUGGGCAUCGUGCCUUCUCCGGGGCCCGCCUGGGCCCGGGGAUCUUCGCCUCGUCCAGCACCGGCAUGCUUGCCGCCAAUGGCGGCGCCGGUGGCCCCCCGCGGUCCAGCUCCCAGGGCGACCUGCGCGCGGUCUUCUCGCCAGAUGGCAGUGGCGCCGGGCCCCCCCUGGUGGCCGGCGGCGGUGAGAAGGCCACUUCGCCCGGGGCCGGGGCCUGGUCGCGGGGCGGCCCGGCGGCCCCGGGCUUCGCCACGGUCGGCCGGUCCAUGACCGGCCCGGCAUACGUCUUCACCCCGGGCCCCGGUGCCGGCUCCCAUGAGGGCAACAUGUCGGCCGCCGGGGCCGGGUCGCCGGUGCCCUCGCCGGCGGCCCUGCUCGGCAGCGGGCAGCAACAGCAGCUGCCCGGCCCGGACGCCGGCUUCUACCCCGGCGGUGGCCAGGGCUUUGACGGGCCCCACGCGCCGGCCGCCAAGCCCGCCGGCCAGGUCACCCCCCUGCGCAUGCGCCCCUCCAUGUCGGCGGAUCAGCUGUCGGCGGCCACCAUCUCGGCCGCCGGGCCACCGCAUCUCCAUGCGGCCGUGCGGUCGCAAUCGGGCGCGCUGCUGGCGGCCGGGCCCGGCUUCGGCGGGCCCCAGCCCUCCGGCGCCGGCAACAACAGCAGCACCCCCGGCACCCCGACCGCCGGGGUGUUCUACGGCCCGGGCGGGCUCCCGGCCGAUGCGGCCUCCUCCGAUGGCAGUGUCAGCCCGCCAUCCUCGUCCUCCUCCACCGGCCUCGGCACCUCGGGCUCCAUCUCCCUGGACAAGUCCUCCUCCGGUGCGCUGCAAACCCUCCUCAGCAUGGCCACGAGCCAGUUCCUCAGCCAGCAAAUGCGCGUGGCGCCGGGCAGGGCCGAUGGCGAAGGCGUGGCCGCGGUCACGACCACCCACCUUCGCCACCUGCUGCUGCGCAGUGACAGAGUGUCUGAGAGCAACCAUGUAGACGAGCGCCACUCCGCCGCACACUCCACCGGCCUGCUGGACCUGGUGGUGGUGGCGGCGAAUGGCGCGGCCGGCGGUGCCGCCGGUCAGCAGCAGCAGCAGCAGCCGAAGCAGCACCUGCCGCGGCAGUCCCCCCAGGUGCCCCUGACCCGGCCUGGGCUCGACACACCGCCCCUGAGCCGUGUGCCCACGGCCGAGGCCCUGCCGGCGGCCGUGGUCCUGCCAGCCGCCAGCAACCCGGCCGACGCCACUGGCGACCUGCUUCUCGGGGCCCUGACGCCCACGUCGCAGAGUGUGUCGCCCCCCGGGUCGGACGGGCCGCUCUCGGACUUGGUGACCCUCAUCCGGCCCCAGUGGGCCGGGGGCGGGGCUGCCGGCGGUGAGGCCGGCGCCGCGCAGCACCACCGCCACCAUCACUCGCAGAUGGGGGGGCCGGCCGCGUUCCAGCCGCAGCAGCAGCCGUGUCCCAGCAGCCCGGCGGCGGCACCCCUGUCCGCUCGCAACCUCGGCUUUGGCACCGCCGGGCCGGGCGGCUGGCACCCGGGGUCUCUUGCGAAUGUGCAGCAGACGCAGUUUGUCCAGCAGAUGCCCUUCUCAGCAGUCCCCCAGCCGCAGCGGCAGCAGCAGCAGCAGCAGCAGCAGCAGGUCCAGCUCGCCGCGCAGCAGACGCAGUUUGUCUCGCAGCCCGUGCAGCUCGUCCAGCAGCAGCAGCAGCAGCAGCAGCAGUCCUUUUCCCUCAGCCAGCAGCCGGCAGCUGCCUCGGCGAUGCAGACGCAGCCCCAGGUUUCGGUUCCCCUGCUCCUGUCGCCGGCGGACCUGGCCCUGCUGAAGCCGUGUCUCAUGGCGGCGGCGGCGGCGGCGGCGGCGGGGGCCACCGCGGCUGCCCCGGCGCGCGACCUGGCGACUUCGCCCCUGGUGGCGCAUCUGGCCGUCUCGCCGGAGCUGGGCCUCCUGCGCCUUGGGGCCGCCGCCGCCGCCGCCGCCGCUCCCGGCAUGGCCCCCCUCCCCCGAGGCGGCGGCUUUGUUGCCCUGCCUGGGGACAUGUGA